UCUUCUUAUCUUGGUGUACUGGAAGAACUUCGGUAGUUCAGGUAGAUUCACUUAAAUCUAAUACGGAAAUAUGUCUGGGUUGUCUCUAGUUGCUACAUUUGGAAUACAUCUGUUGCUUAUUGCACGAUGUAAUGCCUUUAUGUGUUACUCCUGCAACGGCGUGGCUUCACCUGUUGAUUGUGAACGUGCAAUUAAUUGUCCAGCAGACGAGCAUUGUUUUACAGACAAGUAUCUAAACGCCAAUGGUCAUAUGCUGUAUAAUCUAGGAUGUAAAUCCGACAGGAUAUGUAAGCUUUUAUCAACUUUGGGCGGAAAGCGUGAUCUGGAAGAAGUACUUGGAAUAAAAGAUAAGAGAAGUGUCAUACAUCUGUGUACAAAAUGUUGUGACAAAGGCUACUGUAAUAAUGCUCUAUGUACAGAUUCAACAACUCCAGCUCCAAAUAUGCAGUGUUAUAAAUGUGACGAUAUUGAAGAUUUAGCAGCAUGUGAAACCCUUGUGGCAUGUCCGGAGUAUAAUGAAUGCUUCGCCGAUAUCUUCUAUAACGAUAGAGGAGAUAUCCGUCAUCGACUUGGGUGUCGGGAAAAACAGAGAUGUCGACAAUUUUUAGCUUUGGGGGCCCAUGUUCCACAUGGAAAACGUCAAGGAUUUGCACAGUUAUGUGGUGGGUGUUGUGAUAGCCCAUUCUGUAACAUUAAGGGAUGUGAAACAAUUGAUCAUGUAACACUAGGUCAUCAUGCAUCUGUCUCGCCAUCAUCCAGCGGGUAACAUGCUGAAAAUAAAGAGUGUUGAUAUCAUAA